AUGGAGGAGCAAGUUAGAAUGUUAGAAAGAAGAUUAGAAGAACAAUCUAACAGUAUGCAAGCUAUGAUGCAAAUGCUAAAGGAGAUGAAAGAUAAUCAGGAGGGGAGUCAAGGAGGAAGAGGUCAACGAGGUAAUCAUGAGGGAAGACUUCAAGGUAUGACUCCUAAAUUACAGAUUCCUUCCUUUGAUGGUACGAAUCCUAGAAUAUGGAUCAAGAAGUGCAGUAGGUAUUUUUCUUUGUGCAAUAUUGCUGAUGAUUGUAGGGUUGAUUUAGCUAGCUUGUACAUGACUGAUAAAGCUGAAACAUGGGUGUCUAGUUAUUUGGCUGUUAGAAAACAUGUUGAUUGGGAUGAUUUUAUAUUGGAUUUGACAGCAAGAUUUAAGGAUGGGAAGGGAAUGAAUGUAGUAGAGCAUUUUAAUAAACUGUCUCAGGUAGAUUCUUUGGAGACUUACAUUGAUGAGUUUGAAGAACUUAGGGCUAUAUUGAUUCAGAAUGGUCAUACUUUGUCUGAAGAAUAUGUUUUACAUAGUUUUAUUGGAGGCCUAAAACCCACUAUUAAACCUUUUGUAAGAGCAUUUGAUCCUGCUUCCAUUAGUCAAGCAGUCAAGUAUGCAAGAUUACAAGAAGAACAACAGCAAGCUAGUUCUUAUAAACCUUACCACAAAACCACCACUCAAAUACAAACACCACAAACACAAACCUUUAACUCCAAUGCAAAUAAACCACCCUUACUUCCCACACCUAUAACCAAAUCCAUUCAACCUUACCAAGCCCUUCCAAGAACCAAUUCCAAAUCCAAUCCAUACAUACCUGCUGAUGUUAGAGCUGAAAAAAUAGCAAAGGGUCUUUGCUAUUAUUGUGAUGAGAAAUAUACAAGGAAUCAUAAAUGUAAAUUCAAAGAAACUCAAUUGUUUACUGUAGAAAUUGAGGGUUGUACUGAUUCAGAUAAUGAAGAUUCAGCAGAAGACAAAUUUAAUGAGGAACCUUGUAUAUCUGUACAUGCCUUAACUGGAAAUCAAAGUUUUCAUACUAUGAGACUGAUUGGGGUGGUCAAUAGAGACCAACCAUUACAUAUAUUAGUGGACUCUGGAAGUACCCACAAUUUUUUAGACCUAGACUUGGCCAAAAAGCUAGGUUGCUGUAUUGAGACAAUGGAAGCUCAGGCUGUGGCAGUAGCUGAUGGUAAUCACUUGGCUUGUAAUCAUAAAUGCAAGUAUUUCACUUGGGAAAUGAAUAAACAUACCUUCUCUACAGAGGUGAUGCUUAUACCUCUGGGAAGUUGUGAUAUGGUGUUAGGAGUUCAGUGGUUGUGCACCUUGGGACAAAUUGUUUGGGAUUUCAAACAAUUAUUGAUGCAGUUCAGUUUAGAUGGUAUGAACUUUACUUUGAAGGGUAUUCCUCCAAAGAAGUUGAGAGUGUUGGAAGGAGACAUCUCUGCCAAAAUGAUUGAUAAUGCAGCUCAAUUGUGUUUAAUGCAGUUGAUGGGUGUGACUGUCACAGAACAAAGGACUGCAGAAGUUCUGGAAAAUACUCUUAGUAUUGACAGUAAUUUUCAAGUUUUAAAACAUAAAUUCAGUAAGAUUUUUGAAGAUCCUACUGAAUUACCUCCUCAUAGAGGGCCAUUUGAUCAUAGAAUACCCUUAAAACAUGGUGCUGAGCCUGUUAAUAUCAGACCUUACAGAUAUCCUUUGAAACAAAGGGAUGUUAUAGAGCAACUUGUGCAAGAGAUAUCAUACUCUCUUACAUUUACAGCUCUUCUAUUUAUAGAUUGA